AUGAGCGUGACAAAGGCAGCUAUCACAGAGUCCUCAUCGAACCUCGCGGUGGCCUCGUCUGUGCCAGAGGAGCGGCCCGAGACACGGCAGUACGGUCUCACCGACAGCCUGCACAUCUCACCGGCCAACCGCAUGGCCGCAGAGAAGUUGGUGGCCUUUGUGCGCGCCGUCUCCGAUCCGGAGGUGCUGCACGUCAUCUACGACUACCUCGAGGAGCAUCAGAAGGCGAUGCCGCGCUACCGCCUCGCCACGAAGGCGUGCCGUGAGCUUCUGGAGCGCAAAGAAGAGAUGCUGAUGGCUUGCUUGUCCCCCAGCGGCGGUGCUCACGAGUCAACACAGCACAGCGCGGUCGGUGCCCGCCGCUCCCGUGGUGUUUCAGUGCCGCAGCUCGUGGACUCGCCCGACAGGAAGGCGGAGACAGCGAGGGCAGGGGAAGGCCUGACGGAGGCACAGCGCCUCUUGCAGCAGAUUGAGGCGACAGACGGCUGUGACAAGGGGGACGACGACGAUGCCGAUAUGGAUGAGUUUGAUGACUUCAAUUACUUCCCGGCGCCCUACACACCAUCCAGCCGCUUCAGCUUCGGGCAGCCGAGCGUCUCCGGUCUCGUCACUCGGGUCUUCUCGGAGGGCAUGCUGUACAAGAUCAAGACCCCGAAAGGCGAGUAUCACUUCUACAACGAUACCCUGCAGGAGGUGAUGGUAGUGCGCGUGCAGUGCCAUCUGCGCGGCAACGAGAAGAUCAACGAACGCGCCAUGCUCUCCCCCGUCGCCGGUACCGGCGAGACGGAGAUUACGAUCGCCGUCUUGCCGGAGGAGACGAACUUUUUCAUGAGUGGGGUGGCGCAUAUGCCGCACUUCAUGGCAAAGCGAGUGCCGGUGCCGCGCGAUUACGUCUCUCCGUCGGUGACGCAGUCGCUGCGCAAGAUGAACGCCGACAUCAACGCUGUGCGCAAGGCACUUGGCAAGUGGAGCCGAGCCUCGGACCAGCAGGCGUACCUGAAGUGCUGCCUCAAGAACAACCUCCGCUUCACGGACCUCGACUUCCGCCCGAGUUCGGAGAGCCUGUAUCGCCCUGAGUUCGACGCGGUCGCCAUACCGGCUGUCACAUGGCGGCGGCCGGAGGAGUACAUCUACCUGGCCGAAGUGUCGCAGACGCGUCUAUUCCGCGGCGAGAUCUCGUGUUUCCUGGUGAAGCAGGGUGAGCUGAGCAACCACACGGUGGUGGCUGCCAUGGCGGCGGUGGCGCAGUUCCCGGCCCAUGUGCGGUGGAUGUUCCGCCACCCCGUGAGCGCGCACGUGGGCAAGAUGGAGAGGUCGCAGGGCUGCUACCGAGUGACGCUGCUGCACAAUGGGUGGUGGCACACCUACCUUGUCGACGACUACGUGCCUGCGUCGCUGAGAGGACCGCUCUUUGCGAGCUGCGCCGAGGAUCCGCGCCGGCUGUGGGUGCAGCUGCUGGAAAAGGCGUAUGCCAAGUCGCUGGGCUCAUACGCGGCGACGUGCCUCGUCGACGCCAUGGAGGCCCUCGGCGACUUCACCGGAUUCCCCGUGCGCUUUCUCGACUCCGUGUGGGCGGCCGCCGCGCAGGGGCCGAGGGAUGACGCGUUCCGGUCCCUCUUUCGCUACCUCGAGCUGCGUGUCCGGGCCGGCUGCACGGUGCUUCUCUUCUCCCCGCCCCCCACCGACGAGCAGUCGAGUGCGACCGUGGACAUGUCCCGAAAGCGUUCCUCGCGUAUCAUGCCAGUGAAGGGCGCGGUGCCGCAGUUCCUGCCCGGCCACAUCUACUUCCUGCGCGACGUCGCCUUCUAUGAGGCGCUGGAUCUGCGCAUGGUCCAGCUGAAGAACCCGUGGACGUGGGAGACAAAAAACAAGAUCCACUACGAGAAGAAGUGGAAGUACACGACGUGGUACGACCAGCCCGACUCCAGCCUCAGUGCCAUUGCGUCCGCCACGACGAGCCUGCACGGACAGGCGUGCUCCCACGCUCUGGCCUCGCACGCGCUCAACCCCAGAGCCUGUGCAGACUUGUCACCGGAGGCGGUCGCUCUAAACGAGCGCAAGGGCACGAUGUGGGUGGAGUGGGGGGAGGCGCUGGCGGCGUUUGCAGGCGGCGGCGUGUGCUACACCAUGUGGGACCGACACCGGUACCGUGUGCGGAAUGCCUUUGUGGAGGGCCGACCACGGCUGGUGCUUGAGCUCAAGGCGCGGCGCAAAGUGGAGCUGCUCGUGACGCUUUCGCUGGAGACGGUGAGCGAGACACUCGACAACUUCGGCACCGUUGUCGCUGCCCGUCCCAUCCAGCUCCACGGCACGGCGCUCUCGGUGGUGCACCGACAGGCGAACCAGUCGGCGAAGGUGGUCCGUGAGUCCUGCGACGACAUCGAGAGCGUGGCAGGCCGCCGAACAUACGUCGUGGCGCGUGAUGUGUCCAUAAAGGUGAUCGUUGAGCCGAGCACGAGCAGCAACGGCGCCGCUGUAUUGGUUGUCCCGCUGCUCGAUCCAAGUGUAGUUAGCGCGGCCGCAGCCGGCGCGGGUAGCGGAUCCUCCUCGAUAGCCGCCGCGUCCGAGGUGCGCUUUGUGAUGUCCAUCGUCAGCGAUGCCGUCGCGGGAGAAGGGGAGGAUUUGUCCGUCCACUUUGUGUCGCUGCGGCGCAGCUGCGGCGUCUUUACGGGCGCUACCGCGGCUUUCCCGCUGGAGGGCUCCUCGCGCGUGACGGCAGAGUACCAAGUGUGCACCAAGGCCGGCGUUGCGACGUGCGAGGGGUCUGGCAUCUCUGGCAACGAAGCGAAGGGUAUGUGA